ACGAUGGAACACGGACUGCAGACUACUUCACAGUGCGGUGAAUCGUUUCGGAAAAACAGUGGAAAUUUAUCGUGAAAUAAUAAAAUUAUUUUGAGGAAUUAUGAAGCUGUUGACGCACAAUAUGUUGACGUCCAAGUGUCUCAAGGGGGUGACAGUGGGGUACCCCCUAGGGAUCGUGGCAAAAGACAUCAAAGUCUCCGAAGUAGAUUUCAAUUCGGAAUUCAUAGCCAGGAUAAUCCCAAAACUCGACUGGAAUACACUAUGGAAAGCAGCUGAAAGCAUAGGGCACGUCGGUGAAUUGCCCCAGACCCUAAUGCAAGACUUCGAGGGUAACGAAGAUUUCCUGAAGAAGGUGCACCACGUUCUGCUCGAGGUUGAAGUUAUAAAUGGUGAUUUGCUUUGUCCAGAGUCAGGGAGAAAAUUUCCCAUCAACGAUGGCAUUCCAAACAUGCUAUUGAACGAGGACGAAGCCUAGGCACUCCAAAGCCAAAGCCAAUUAUUUAUGAAACUCCAAUAAACCGUUAAGUUUAUCACUCGAAUGCUGUUCACGUAUUUAGUUUUUGUAUUUCAACAAUUUCACAAAAAGUGAACCUAGGUAAAUAGUCGCGUUGAAUAAUUAUCGUAAUUGAAAUUGUCACAGUGUCCUCGAGACACUCAUCAGACUCGAUGAAACACUCGUUAUAAGAUUUAAUGAUUGUAGAUUCUCAAUAUAACUGAAUUAUCAACGUGGAAAAGAAAA